AUGCCGGCCGUACGCGACCACUACAAUGCCAUUGCGAACAUGGCGCCCCGACAGCCUGCUUUAGACGUCCCAGCCAUUGUCUUCGCUGCGCCCAAGACAGCACCCAUGGCCAAGCGACAGAACGUCAUAUACACCCAGCAAGGCAUAAUACCCACCUACUACAACACUUCCGGCCCGGAGCCCGGCACCGUCGUCGGCAUAGUCCUAGGCAGCGUGGCCGGCUUCCUCCUCAUCUGCUGGCUCAUCCAGUCGCUGAUGAACACCAACAACAGGACAGGCACGACGACGGCCAUGGCGGGAGAGGAAGAGAUUGUAGUGAAAAGGCGACGAAAUUCACAUGGCGGACGCAGCUCGCGACGCCGGUCUGAAGUGCGCGAAAUUAGCAGGAGCCCGAGACGGAAUAGUGGGCGGUCGCAGAUUAUCGUCGAGGAGAGGAGGCAGGCAGCGCCAAGAGCGAGGAGCAUCAUCGUUGAGGGGCGGAGUCGUGUGCCGGGUGAUGAUGUCGUCGAGGUCAUUGAAGAACACGAGGACUACCGCGAGAGGAGAGGCACCCGCGGAGGCCGGGGAUACCGGUGA